AUGCCGCUAACGAAACGCUUCUCGUGUGGCUCUUCGAGCCACAUAAGCCCUAGUGUUACGAUGAUGGAUUACUCAUGUCAACCCGACAAACCCUCUUCAUGCUUCGUAAUAACAAUUCAAAGAAAAGAAAACGAGCGGGAAUCUCAAAAUAGCACGCUCAAACUUUCGCGAUUCGCAUCGUACAUACGAGUCGUAUAUAUGCAGGUCAGCUUUGCAGAGAAGAGUUUAGCCGGCAGGUACAAAGACGAGGACGAGGGCGAGGACGAGGGUAGGGCUGAAGAAGAUCUCCAAGUACAUAUCGACCAGUUCCCUUCGAGGUACAUACAUAUACUCAUGCUUGUCAGCCGCAACUUCGGCGCGCGCAGUUGGACAUGUGACUCCAGUCGUCAUGGUUAUGUAGAUAGAACUACCGUCGGGAAAGCACAACGGCAACAAACAUCAUCGCAUUAUUAUUUACAAGCGACGCAACGAUCGUCGAUAUAUGGCAGUGGCAGUGGCAAUGGCAUCAAAGUUCCUAAGUACCUCCGUACACAUACCCCAACCACCCUUGAUCCCAGCACACCGAUCGAUCAGCAGUUCGCACAACAAAAAAGGCGGGAAGGAUGGAAAGGAAGGUGUGCAGCGUGGCUAUCCGCGGUACAGCAAGCACUAAUAACGAAACUACUGGACUCAAAUCUGACUCAUGUAGAAGAGCGGGCACAAAUGGGAGAUGUUGAGAUUGACUGGUUUGGUGGGCGUCUCGGCGCUUGGAGACUUCUUCAUAUCACGGCGCUUGAGUGCGCGUUGUCACUAUCACAUACACCCUCAGCCAUAACAUGUUUUAGUAUUCCAUAUAUCUAA